CGGAGCGUGCUUUGGACACCAUGAAUUUUGAUGUUAUAAAGGGCAAGCCAGUGCGCAUCAUGUGGUCUCAGCGUGAUCCAUCCCUUCGCAAAAGUGGAGUGGGCAACAUAUUCAUUAAAAAUUUGGACAAAUCCAUCGACAAUAAGGCACUGUAUGAUACGUUCUCUGCAUUUGGAAAUAUCCUCUCAUGUAAGGUGGUUUGUGAUGAAAAUGGCUCCAAAGGCUAUGGAUUUGUACACUUUGAAACACAGGAAGCUGCAGAAAGAGCUAUUGAAAAAAUGAAUGGGAUGCUUCUAAAUGACCGGAAAGUGUUUGUUGGACGAUUUAAGUCUCGAAAGGAACGAGAAGCAGAGCUUGGAGCCAGGGCAAAGGAGUUCACCAACGUUUACAUCAAGAACUUUGGAGAAGACAUGGAUGAUGAGCGCCUUAAGGAUCUCUUCGGCAAGUUUGGGCCUGCCUUAAGUGUGAAAGUAAUGACCGAUGAAAGUGGAAAAUCCAAAGGAUUUGGAUUUGUAAGCUUUGAGAGGCAUGAAGAUGCGCAGAAAGCUGUGGAUGAGAUGAAUGGAAAGGAACUCAAUGGUAAACAGAUUUAUGUUGGUCGAGCUCAGAAAAAAGUGGAACGACAGACAGAGCUUAAGCGCAAAUUUGAGCAGAUGAAGCAAGAUAGGAUCACCAGAUACCAGGGUGUUAACCUUUAUGUGAAAAAUCUUGAUGAUGGCAUUGAUGAUGAACGUCUCCGGAAAGAGUUUUCUCCAUUUGGUACAAUCACCAGUGCAAAGGUUAUGAUGGAGGGUGGUCGCAGCAAAGGGUUUGGUUUUGUGUGUUUCUCAUCUCCUGAAGAAGCCACUAAAGCAGUUACGGAAAUGAAUGGCAGAAUUGUGGCCACAAAGCCAUUCUAUGUAGCUUUAGCUCAGCGCAAAGAAGAGCGCCAGGCUCACCUUACUAACCAGCAUAUGCAGAGAAUGGCAAGUGUGCAAGCUGUGCCCAACCCUGUGAUCAACCCCUACCAGCCAGCACCUCCUUCAGGUUACUUCAUGGCAGCUAUCCCACAGACUCAGAACCGUGCUGCAUACUAUCCUCCUAGCCAAAUUGCUCAACUAAGACCAAGUCCUCGCUGGACUGCUCAGGGUGCCAGACCUCAUCCGUUCCAGAACAUGCCCGGUGCUAUCCGCCCAGCUGCUCCCCGGCCACCCUUUAGUACCAUGAGGCCAGCCUCCUCGCAGGUCCCCCGCGUCAUGUCGACACAGCGUGUUGCUAACACUUCAACACAGACCAUGGGUCCACGUCCUGCAGCUGCUGCUGCUGCAGCCACGCCUGCUGUCCGCACCGUUCCCCAGUACAAAUACGCUGCGGGAGUCCGCAACCCCCAGCAACAUCUUAAUGCCCAGCCGCAAGUUACCAUGCAACAGCCUGCUGUUCAUGUGCAAGGUCAAGAACCUUUAACUGCUUCCAUGUUGGCAUCUGCCCCUCCUCAAGAGCAAAAGCAAAUGUUGGGUGAACGGUUGUUCCCUCUUAUUCAAGCCAUGCACCCCACUCUGGCUGGUAAAAUCACGGGCAUGCUGUUGGAGAUUGAUAACUCAGAACUACUUCACAUGCUUGAGUCUCCCGAGUCUCUCCGCUCAAAGGUUGAUGAAGCUGUAGCUGUACUACAAGCCCACCAAGCAAAAGAGGCUGCCCAGAAGGCAGUGAACAGUGCCGCUGGAGUUCCAUCUGUUUAAAUUUAUCAGGGACCACGAAAAGAAACUCGUGCUUCACCGAAGAAAAAAAUAUCUAAACAUCGAAAAAUUUAAAUAUUAUGAAAAAACAUUGCAAAAUAUAAAAUAAAUAAAAAAAGGAAAGGAAACUUUGAACCUUAUGUACCGAGCAAAUGCCAGGUCUAGCAAACAAUGCUAGUCCUAGAUUACUUGAUUUAAAACAACAAAAAAAUACAAAAAAAAUAGUAAAAUAUAAAAACAAAUUAAUGUUUUAUAGACCCUGGGAAAAGAAUUUUCAGCAAAGUACAAAAAUUUAAAGCAUUCCUUUCUUUAAUUUUGUAAUUCUUUACUGUGGAAUAGCUUGGGAUGUCAGUUCUGUUUCAACUAGCAGAACUGAUGGACUGAGCAAGGAAACGUAAUUUGGAUUAUAAAAUUCUUGCUUUAAUAAAAAUUCCUUAAACAGUG